UGUCUCUUUGCGAUAGCCUAGUAAUAUUGUAGUGUGAGAGAUUGCUUUGAAAAAUACAGUAACCUAACAUGUAAUUAGUAGGCGAAUGCUUUAGUUUUUGAGUAACUUGUCCAACAGUGGUCGACACACCCCAGCCUCUGUAGUGCUUGUUAUCAGGUUGUGAGUUUCACUGACUCCACCCUAAAGUCAAUUCGUGACAUAAGCUCCAGAACAACUGGAUAAUCAGUUGAGUUGACAACUUUACUCCAGCCUAUGUGAAAAGUUAAACUAAAAAAGAGCCCACAUUGUUGGGUCAAAUGAGGUAAUCCAGCCACUGUACAUUGUAGGCAACACUGUGCUUCACCAAAGGGGGAGACAAAUACAGAUUGAGUUCCAUCAAGGAUACAGACCGCCUUACUCCACUCAGUGGAAAGAAAAUCAUCUCUUGUGGAUUUAGUCAACAUGAAGAUUGAACUGCUCCCAGCGCUAUCUGAUAACUACAUGUACCUUCUCAUUGAUGAAGACACUAAGGAGGCUGCCAUUGUGGAUCCUGUGGAGCCAGUCAAGGUUGUGGAAGCAGUGAAAAAGCAUGGCGUGAAACUUAAAACAGUCCUGACCACGCAUCAUCACUGGGACCAUGCAGGUGGAAAUGAAAAGAUGGUGAAACUGGUGUCUGGGUUGACUGUGUAUGGAGGAGAUGACAGAGUGGGAGCCUUGACGAAGAUGGUAAAACACAACAAUACAUUCAAGGUUGGCUCACUGAAUGUGAGAUGUUUGUUCACUCCGUGUCACACGACAGGACACAUUUGCUAUUAUGUGACCAAGGACAAUAGCUCCGAGCCACCUGCCAUCUUCACAGGAGACACACUUUUUAUCGCUGGUUGUGGAAAGUUUUUCGAGGGCACUGCUGAUCAGAUGUACACAGCCCUGAUAGAAAUCAUUGGCCAGCUUCCUCCUGAAACGCGUGUGUUCUGCGGUCAUGAAUACACCGUCAACAACCUGAAGUUUGCACGCCACGUUGAACCAGACAAUGAAACCAUCCGUAAGAAGCUGGCCUGGGCUAAGGAAAAAUUCUCGAACGGAGAACCAACCGUUCCAUCCACAGUGGCCGAUGAGUUCUCCUUUAACCCAUUUAUGAGAGUAAGAGAGAGGUCAGUUCAGGACCAUGCAAAGAAAAGUGACCCUAUUGAGACGAUGAAAGCCAUUAGGAAGGAGAAGGACAACUUCCGCGUUCCGAAGGAGUGAAAUAAUCCAGUGACCCACAGCUCCAACAAUGUUCAACGCUACAGCUACAGUCUCGUUUCCUACUACACUAGUAUGUAUCCUGGUUGGGUAUACAUCAUCGGAGAGCUACUCUGCCCCACAAAGCAAAAAGGCAGUAACUUCGUUGUUGUGGAAGACCAGUUACUAUGACUUUAAUGACAUAUAUAUCAAAGUUUAAAUUGAAAUAAAAUGAUUCAUCUGCACAAAAGGUGGUAAUAUAAAGUAACAAAACUGCUUCAAGUCAAUAAUCUCCCCAAAACUACUCAGACUGUACUAUAGGAUCAUUUUAAAGUCAUUUUACUCAAUUUGGAGCUCUGCGCAGUUACUGCCUUUUUUGCUUUGUAGGGCAGAACUGACAAAUGUCACCCAGUGGCUGUAUAGUCAUUGAUGUCACCAAAUAAGAAGGUUAUUUUUUCCUUUUAAAUCUCUCUCCUGCAUCACUGAAACAUGAGUUGGUCGUGUACAGCAUAGAAGGAACUGUAAAUGCAGAGCAUACAAAGAUAUUUUAAUAUUGCUUAAGUCUUAAAGAUGGUGGUCCAAUUAUGGCCAGCCAUGUGAAAUGUUGUAAAAUGAACAGAAAAGCAGGGAGUUUUUGCAUUAUUAUUAUUUGUGCAACUCGGGUUAUAGGCUGAAGUUCUCCUAUUGUGUUCAAAAAUAAUAGAUUUUGUGUUACAUUCUGUUGAUAUAAAUUGGAUUCUACAGUUUUAAUGUGGCUCAUCCAAUACAUUGCAACACAUUGUUUCAUCAUUUGCUUUUUUUAAAUUAUGUAGCUAUUUUUGAGGUCACUAACAGAUUUAAUGUCGAAUGUUAUUAGCAGGCAUAUUUUGCACUUUGUGUUUUUAAAAUGUUGAGAUAAUACAGUGUUUAUCUUUAAAAUACAAUUGAAAAUCUGUAUAAAAAUGUUCAAGUGUGUUUAUUAAAUGAUAACUCCGAGUCCAUUUAUGGUCCAUGGUCAAAUACAUACAUGUAUCUAA